CAAUGCAAACAAUCCGUAUGAAGGGAUCAUCUUGGAGCAGGUUUGAAACGUAUCAAUAUUAUAUGUGGGUCAUUCAAUCAACGUAUAUUUGUUUCUAUAUAUUCUAGAAAAUCAAUAUUGAUCGGGUAUUUGAUCGAACCGACAACGGAAUAUGCAUCAUGGAACUACUGAAAGAAGGUGGACGACCCAAGGAAACGAUUCGAAGACAAAUCACAGCACUUCUUUGCGAUUGCUUGAAAUCAUUGUAUGGAACGCACGCCAGCAACUUCUACAAAAAUCAGAUCGCCUUGUCACUGGUUGAAACAUAUCCUGCACUGAGUUCGAAGAAUGCCGAGAUUCCACAAUCGCUGUGGUUCCAUCCCCACGGAAGAGGGCUGAACCGUCAUGCUGGCAGUGUAUAUUACAGAAUGGAGAAUGUGGCAAGGCAGUCAGAUGAACGCAUAAUCAAACGCCGAAAACUUGGUGAAUUCAGCCAUACAAAUGAAAUUGAUGCGACUCUUGAACAAGAAGAUGACAAUAUGGAGGACCUUGUGCUUGAAUUGAAGUUCAUUGUUCCAAAUGUUCAAUCUAAGGUGAGAAUUGUUGAACUAUGGGAGAAAACAUUUGCAAGUCGACAACAAAAACGUACAGCGGGGACUUUGGUGGAAUAUUUGAAAGAUUUUCCCGUGAUUGGUGCCUUUAAUGGAGAACUUAUCAAACUGGAAUUUACAAAAAUCAAGCCUGGAGCGAAGUCGUUCACCGAUCACUGGGAAGAAUUACAGAAUAAGAUCCUUAAGCAGUACGCUGAUAUGUUCGUGGAGUUGAAAAACAGUAAGUUGCGUUUAAAGCUUCAAUGAGUCCACACAUUUAGAUAAUUAAUUUCCCAUAGAAUUCAUCAGAGCGCUGGCAAUAAUCCGUGCUAAAUGCCCAUCACGUGGUGUUAAGCGAAAUAAAAUCAAUGAUGCUACCAAGAAAAAUCCAUUGGCUGGCGUCAUGGAGUGGAUAAGUGUAAGAUUAUUAGAUUGCCUAUUGGAUAGGUUAUCGUAUUAUACAAGUACCUUUAAUUUUUAUUUUCAGCCAGAAGAUGAUUUUCCCACUGAUAAGAAUGGCCCGGUAUUGAUUUGCCGAGGAGCGUUCAUGGAGGAUUCAGCAGACUUUGCCGUCUGUUUGGGAUCAAUGUUGGUCAAUGUCCAACUUGACGUUGCGUCUGCAUUUGAGGUUUGGUUCGGUUCGUUUACUGCAUUCGGUUUGGAACCACCGCAACAGGACAAGCAGUUCCAUUCCUUUCUUGCCGGCGCAGUCUAUCGUGUAGGUAGUAUGAGCACUACAUGUGAGAAAUUUUUAGUUUCGCUCGAUUGAGCCUCUCCUUCUCAUGGUAGCGACGGUUCCUUUUUGAACAGCUUCUUUUUUUAAUAAUUUGCAAUUAUAAAAUCACAUUUCUGCAUCC